AACUCUAUUCAGAUGUUUUCGGUUCUUCUCCUAACUUAACAAUCACAGUUGGAAAGUGUUAUAGGCAAAAUAAACACUGCUAAAUAUGAUAAUAUAUUUAUCAAUAUUUUUAUUAUUCCAUUUUAUUGUGUGUGCUAAUUCUGGAUUUACUACAACAAAAUUAGGUCCCCAACCAAUUUGGAACGCCACCCAUACCGAUCAAUUACGUCAUGAUCUUUUGCUCAAUUACGAUAAAUUUUCAAGGCCGGCCCAGCACUAUAACGUCACGACAGUGCGAUUUGGAAUGGUCAUAAGACACAUAGAAUUCAACGAGUUUAAAUCCACUUUAACCGUUUACGCUUGGUUAAGAAUGGUGUGGAAUGAUGAAAAAUUAAAAUGGGAUCCCUCUAAUUACGGCAACUUAUCAACAUUACAUUUGGCCGAACACGAAUUAUGGCAGCCUGAUAUUUAUUUAUAUAACAGUGCCACUAGUACGGCGGUUAAUCAAUUCGGCAACACGCAUUUUUUAGUUUAUCCUGACGGUAAAGUUUUGUGGGUCCCUCCGACUCAGUUAACGGUUCUUUGUGGUUUAGAUUUAAAAAAUUGGCCUUUCGAUAAACAAGAAUGUUACAUGAAAUUCGGAUCGUGGACUUAUAGCGGUGAUCAAAUCGAUCUAUUGCAUUAUGACGAUAAUCCGGAAGUAGGGCUAGAGUUGAUAAUUCACAAUUCCGAAUGGGAAAUAACAAAAGUGUCUCAAACUAGAAGUGAACGAUAUUAUUCAUGUUGUGCCGAAUCAUAUCCAGACAUAACUGUAAAUAUGACCUUAACAAGAAUAUCCACUUCCUAUAAAUCAAUAAUAGUUACACCGGCCUUCGUUGUGAUUAUUUUAACGAUGUUAAGUUUUGGUUUACCUCCUCAGGCAGGAGAAAAAAUUAUAUUAAACGCUUGUACUGCACUGAUAGUUUGUUUAUUCACGUUAUAUUUCACACAGAAACUUCCUCUAAUGGGGGCAGAAACUCCACUGAUAGUGAUGUUUUACACUAGUAGUUUAUACAUUAUAACAUUUUCCAUGGUCGGCUCUGUGAUAGUCAUAACUUUAUCCAGAAUUCGACAUUCUACUUCGCUUCCAUGGGUCAUUAAACAACCCCUAACAGGGAAAUUUGGGAAAUUAUUAAGACUAGAUAAUUACAUUGAUCAGACGCUUACCCAAAAUCACGGUGUUAUGGUUGAAGAAAUGAGGGAACACCAAGGAAGUGAAUUCGAUGAUGGAAAUAGCGACGAUAACCACAUUAUUAAAUCCCAUUUACAUCAAAACAAACCGAAUUUACAGAAAGACUGGAUACUUUUAGCUGCUGCGAUUGAUAGAAUAUCAUUUGUUUUCUAUUGUUUGCUAUUUAUCGUAUUAUCCAUUGUAUAUUCAUUGUAAUAAAAAAUAUGUUACA